AUGGGGUCGAAAAUCGAAUUCGCCAUGAAUCCAUGGGAAGUCCACGCCUUGGAUUAUCAAUUUCCAGACGAGGACACGGCUCCUAUUGAACCUCAAACAAAUAUCGUUUCAAGCAGCAGAUGGCAACCCAUGCAAGAUUCCGUCAUCUACCCGGGUCUCUACUCAGCCAGUGGCUAUGAUGUGAUGGCCAUACUGCUGCGUCUGAUGGGUCGGCCGAACCCACAGAUAGAGUUGGGGCCAAUCGAUUGCUCUGUGGCACUGGUCUUGUGUGACCUCGGACUGCCUGAUGAACCCAUCGUCUAUGCGAGUGAUGCGUUUUGCGAGCUGACCGGCUACGCAAAGUCGGAGAUAAUGGGUCGAAACUGCCGCUUUCUCCAAACACCAGCUUCCUCCGGCUCAAAAGGCAAGUCUGCGUCUCGGCCCAAGUCUCGCAGCAAAACGGCGUCUUCUCAGAUGCGACAUGCCAUUCAAGAGCGGAGGGAAAUUCAAUUGAAAGUUACCAACUACCGAAGGAACGGCCAGCGGUUCAGCAACCUUGUCAGCAUUAUACCCCUUGACCUCGAUGACACCGGUUACCGAUACGCCGUCGGAUUUGCCGUUGAAGUCUGA